ACUCCCACUUCAGCUGCGAGCUAUGUCUGAGGAAGCCGCAGAAGAAACUUUGACCACUUCAGUUGUUAGCCUAGCAGCGGAGACACACAUCUCCUUUAUUGUUUACCAGUCCCGUAUUUAUUCGACUAGCCCGUUUAAAAAGAUGUGGUUUAUUUAUUUACUCAGCUGGUUGUCGCUGGUGGUGCAGAUAUGUUUCGUUACUCUCGCUAUCGCUGCAGGCCUGUAUUACCUGGCAGAGUUAAUAGAGGAGUACACAGUCGCCACCAGUCGCAUUAUAAAAUAUAUUAUUAUGUUCUCCACAGCAGUGCUGGUGGGACUCUAUCUGUUUGAGGGCUUCCCCACGCUCAUGAUCGGAGUGGGUCUCUUCACCAACCUUGUUUACUUCGGUCUGCUUCAGACGUUUCCAUAUAUCAUGCUGACCUCGCCAAACUUCAUCCUGUCAUGUGCACUGGUUGUGUUCAACCACUAUAUGGCCUUCCAGUAUUUUGCGGAGGAGUACUAUCCUUUCUCUGAGGUUCUAGCGUACUUCACUGUAUGUCUGUGGGUGAUUCCAUUCUCCUUUUUCGUUUCUCUCUCUGCUGGGGAAAAUGUUCUUCCAUCCACUAUGCAGCAGGGAGACGAUGUGGUGUCAAAUUAUUUCACUAAAGGCAAGCGGGGCAAGCGCUCGGGCAUCCUGCUCAUCUUCUCUUUCCUGAAGGAGGCCGUUUUGCCAAGCCGACAGAAGAUGUACUGAUGAAGCGGUUCAUAUGAGCAUCGGACGGAGGGGUUUGGGAGGGUUUGUUCAGGCCACCGGCCCCUUUCAGUGGACAGCUUGUUUUUGUGGGAGAAUCGAUGAUCAUGAGAUUGAAUCUGUAGCCGAGGGAGAGGACCAGAUCAGAACAAACGCACAUAAACCCUCGAAUGAACUUACCUGUCUGUUGUUUCAUGUCCAGAGUUGCCAGCUAAUUUCUUCUUAGGCGUCUAAAGACAUGAAAGGACACGAGAAGUCUUUCAUUCGUAAAGGCUUGAUCUUCUGUCUAUACGUGGAUGAUUGUGGAAGGGGCUUCGGCUUCUCUAGAGGCUCCUGCUGAUUUUCUUCUAAUCGCAUCACUUCGAAAGCCAAUUCGCUCAUGAAUGAAUUAAUGUGUCUGGAUUUUUUGUUCACAUUUCAAAGAAAUGUUUUACCCUGAAUCCAGUGUUUGUUUCGCUCACUCUUCGUCACGUCUUACACUACAACGUAUUUGUUUAAGGUUAGACUUUAAGCAAGCCAUUUUUUAAUAACCUGAUGUUGAGUCAGUUUCAGUAAGGAUUUGUUUGUGUUGAUUUAUAAAUCCAUUUUAUAUCAGCUGGUGGUGUGACAAGCAAAGAAAAGCUCUUUUUAGGGUAAAAUGUUGCUUUAAAUACUGCAGUCAUGAGAGCCAUAGUGUUGGCCAUGCUUAAUUUGUGUGCUGUACAGGAGUAUAAUAAAAUUCAGUUGUAUGAGUUUUUGAAAGGUAAACGUUGUCAUGUACAAAUGAGGAUCUGAUGCAUCGUGGGUGAAUCUCAGAAUCAGAAACAGAUCGACAGAAGA